GAUAUUGUACGAGGAUUUCAAGAGGAGGAAUUACCAUCAAUAUUUAAUUGCAUGAAGACUACUAUUCAAUUAUCAAAGACGGGCAAUGCUGCAAUCAUUGUUGACCCAUCAAGCAUGCAAAUAGUCGCAAAGGCCACGGACCAGACACACAAGCAUGAUACGCCUGAAGGGAACACGGUUUCUGAAGCAAAUGCAGAUGUUACCUGCUCUUUGAAUGAAUCGAUGGGUAAUGGCAGCAAUUUGUCACUGCCAGGAUCCUUUCUUCCUAAAUGCGACAGCUUGAACAUGGAAAUCUCAUGUAUAAAUCCUUGGGGAUGGAUGAAAAAAAAGACUUGUGAGCGGAAGCCAUUGCCCUGUGAUGGCUGUUUUGCAUGGCAUCCUCUGAGACAUGCUCCCAUGGUUGCCAUUGAAAAUGCUGCUGAGAGGGAUAGAACGAUGUUCCCUUCUUUGGCUUCAAUAACCAAGACAGAUUCAAAUGGCAAUCUAGAGAAGUAUUGUGAUAAUGAACAAGCAAAAAGGCUAAAGACAGAUACAAAAGAUAAUGAGCCGUCGGCAUCUGAAUCAUUCUGUGGUGACUUGUCUGAAACCAGCAGACCAUAUCUCUGCACAGGAUUUGAUAUCUACCUUGUUUGGGAACCAUGCACAAUGUGUGCAAUGGCACUUGUACACCAUAGAUUCAAGCGCGUGUUCUAUGCUUUCCCCAAUCCUGUCACCGGAGCGCUCGGUGGAGUCUACAUGUUGCAUGGGGAGAGAAGUCUAAAUCAUCACUACAAUGUAUUUAGGGUUUCAGUACCUGAGGCAUACUCGAAUGGUUUGAAUUAGUUGUUCGAAGGAAUGCUGACCCAACAUCCUGUUCCAUUUUGUUUAGAAAAAAAGGAUCCAUGAGCUCUUGAUUUUCACUAUGGGUGCCAUUUUGUUGCACAAGAGCUUCAGAUUAGGCUUAAACUUGUCCUUUUGUAUUAUUAAAAUUUUACCUAUGUUGUAUCACUAAAAUAGUCUCUUCAUUCUCU